CUGCUGGUAGAGAAGGCGGAGGCGAAGCAGAGGAAAGCUUAGUUUGUUUUUGUGCAGAGAGAAGAGGAGGAAGAGGAGAGGGGUGCGUCGGAAGAAUUCUCUGGCCCAAUUUGGCAUGGUUUCUCCGGCGAGCGAUCGCGGCGAGUCGGCGGCGGCGAGACGGGGCGGGUGAUCGGCGAGCUACAGUUAUGGGCAUCCAAGGGAACAAGGCGACGACGCACGAGCACGAUUUCCUAUCGCUGUGCACCGCCGCCGCCAAGGAUUCGUCGUCUCUCCAGCUCCACGACGCCAAGCCGUCGCCUCCUUCGCAAGAUCUGCGAGGGGUUGCAGAAUUCGGCAAUUUCUCCGGCAAAUCGAGGUCAGGAAGGGCAGAGGAGCACAAGAGCAUUGGUUUCUUCCUGAGGACGCACGACUUCCUGCAGCCGCUGGAGAAGCCGACGUCGUCGAGCCGCCACCACCACCACCACCACCAGCAAGCGUUGCCCGGCGGCAUCGGCACGUUCAGCAUCGGCCACGUGGCCGGCGCACGGCCGGUCGCCGCCGCUGCCGUGGUGAAGGCCGAGCCGACGACGCAGUUCGUCCUUUGGGGCCAGCCCGCGGCCGCGCCGCCGGUCGCCGCGCUAGGGCACCACCACCACCACCAGUGGACGCUCCCCUUCGCCGGCGUCGCGCAGGUGGCCACGGCGGCGAGGCAGCCGCAGACGCAGGCGCAGGAGAGGAAGGUGCGGGUCGGGGGAGGCGGGUUCAUGGACUCUGGCUCCAGAUCCAGCGGCGGUGCCGGCUUCGACGACGACGACGGGCUGGCCGCGCGGCGUGAGGUCUCGUCCUCGCUGAAAGAUUUAACAGUGAGGGUGGAUGGGAAGGGUGGGAGCUGCAGUGGAAGUGGUACCGAUCAGCGGCCCAACACACCACGUUCGAAGCACUCUGCUACCGAGCAGCGCCGGCGCAGCAAGAUCAAUGACAGGUUUCAGAUACUUAGGGAGCUUUUACCUCAUAGCGAUCAAAAGAGAGACAAAGCAACAUUUCUCUUAGAGGUUAUUGAAUACAUACGCUUUUUGCAAGAGAAAGUACAGAAGUAUGAAACUUCAGCCCCUGAAUGGAACCAAGAAAAUGCAAAGAUACUUCCAUGGUCAAACAUAUAUUUUAGAUCGUUCUGGAAAAAUUCACAGAGUAAAGGUCAGACCCCUGGAGAUGAUUUGCCUGACCCUUCACAGUUCAUCAGGAAUGGGUCCUCUUCUGGAUUUAAUUUCACUGGCAAACCUGAUGAUAACCACACCAUGGUGACAUCGGCAGCUGCCUCAGGGGCCCAAGAGCAGUUGGAAACUGAUCAUACAGCUAGUGUGUCCUACAGAUCAGCAGAGACUCCAACAAACAUUACCAAUAAUGUUACAUCCCAAGUCCAAACCCAAUGGGCUAGUCCGUCUGGUGUGGAUGACUGUGCCAUGAACAGUGAAAUUUUAAAUAAUCAACAGUUGGCGAUUGAUGAAGGAACAAUAAGCUUGUCAACCCAAUACUCCCAACAGCUACUUGGUACGCUGACUCAUGCCCUGGAAAGCUCAGGUGUUGAUUUGUCCCAAGCCAGCCUUUCUGUGCAGAUCAAUCUUGGCAAGCGGGCUGUUAAGCGACCUGGUGGUGACGGAUCAUCAAGUUCUAAGGAGCUCCCCAAUCCAUCAUCGAACAAUGAAAACAUGGGUCAUCAGCUGACGAUGUUGGGGGGUGGUGCCGAAGAACUUCCACACUCGACAAAGCGACAUAAAUCAGGCAACAGCUGAGCAGUUCUCGCUUUGUUGCAUCCUCCAGACAAUCAUUCUUUCCUCCCUACCAACCAGGGCAUUCCACAAUUGGAUGUAUAUUAUGUUAGUAGUGACGGCAUUACGUUGGACAAGGCAGAUCUUGGUGUAAUUCUUUCAUUCAAUCACCUGGCCAUCCUGUUUAAAACAAGACCAAAGAAAGGAUUCUCAUUGUGGAUUGUGAAGCUGCUCUUGUACACAGGCUUCCAUUCCUAUGAGAAGCUCCCCCACUGACAAGACAGUCAGUCCUAGUACUUUGUAACCUGUAUGAUAACUACCCCAGCUGCACCUGUUAGCUAUGUGAAAGUAAUUCGCUGAAGUACUCUAGAUUUCUAUCUAGUGCUUCGUUGCACAUUCCUUAUCAGUGGACAUCAUGGCCGGUUUGUUUAUCUCACCAAUUUAUGCAGCCAAGUGAAGUAAGUGAUUA